AUGGGCGCAAAGCACGCCGGGAGGAAGGUCAAGCGGGCCAUUGUGGUUAAUAGCGGACGCGGGCCGCUGUGGCGCAAGGCACGCCGGGAGGAGUGGCCGGAAGUGGGGAAGGGGGGGGAAUUCAUGGGGCCGUCGGAGGAACCGAGGGGCUGCAGCAUCUCCCCCCCCACCACGGCGCCCCCUGGCGGCGGGGAGGACCCGGGUGGGGGGGGUCCUGAAGGGGGGGUUCCUGAAGAGGGGGGUUCAAGGGGGGGUCCCCCCCUGUACCACGAGCGGCAGCGGCUGCAGCUGUGCGGGCUGCACGCACUCAACAACCUCCUGCAGUGGCGCUGCUUCACCCGGAGGGAGGCCGAGGAUGUCUGCAAACGGCUGGCCCCCGGCGCGUGGCUGAACCCGCACCGCAGCCUCCUGGGGAACUACGACGUGAACGUGCUGAUGGCGGCGCUGCAGGGGCAGGGGCUGGCCCUCAUCUGGUGGGAUAAGAGGAGGCCCCUGGAGCUCCUGGUGCUCCCCAACAUCUUCGGCUUCAUCCUCAACGUCCCCGCGGGGCCUCUCCUGGGCCUGAUCCCGAUCCCGAUCCCGAUCCCGGUCCCGAUCCCGCUCCGGCGCCAGCACUGGCUCUCCCUGCGCUGCUUCCAAGGGGUUUAUUACAACCUGGACUCCAAGCUCCCGCAGCCUGCGCCCAUUGGGGGUGAGGAGGAGCUCAGGGCUUUCCUGCGGGAUUUCCUCUCCCGAGGCCUCUCCGAGCUCUUCCUCGUGGUUCCCGGGGACGUGGAGGAGGCCGGGGCCUGGCUCAGGCCCCAGGAAGGGGAUUGA